CCAGCCUCCCCACUGCCUGCUCCUUCUCCUUACACUGAGCAGUCCGAGGGGUCUUAUAGAGCGUUGUGAGCCUGCGUCUCGUUGUGCCUCGCCUAUUUGCACUGCUUGUCGCGUUCCUCGUUCGCUUCCUCCUCCUGUCCCCGGCACGCACGCUAUGGAACUUCGUCCUUCCUCUGUUCCACUGCGUGUUCCUCUGCCGCCUCCUCCUGAGUCCUCUCUUCCUGCCGUCCCUAACUCUGAGUCUGACCGCGCUCAUGCUGCCAGUCCCAUUGUCUCUCGUCUCCUCACCACUGUUGUCACUGACCCUUCUUUUGAGUCCACUGCUGCGUCUGCCCUCGUUGUUGAGCUGCUUGACUUUGCUGCUGCCUGUCAUCUUGACUUUGCCACUACUCUUGUUGCUGAGUUUGCGUCUGCUAGUCCUCCGUCCGUCUGGGGUGAGUGUGCUCUUGGCACGGACGUCCUUGAGGAUAGGCAGGAGGACUUUGAGUGUCUUGCAGCUGCUGUACCUCGUUUCGCUUCCAUGCUGCUUGCCCUUGAGGGAGACCCGGAUGCACCAGACAUCCCGACCCUGCGAUCUUACGCAGAGGCGAUUACGGGUCCUUACUCCUCUCAGUGGCAGGCAGCCAUGGAUGCCGAGAUGGCAUCCUGGAAGUCCACACCCACCAACCUCGACGCUAUUCCCUGUCUCGGGCGAACAUACACAGCAUUCUUCCAGGACAGCCUAUACGAGAAGAUCUGGCUGCGCCUCCCACCUGGCUUCACUGGGUCAUUUCCUGCAGGUACCCAGUGGAGCCUCCGGCGGCCAGUCUACGGUCUCGGCCAGGCGCCUUGCAAGUGGUACGACACACUGAGGACUACACUUGCAGCUCUUGGGUUUGCUCCUUCUACUGCUAACCCGUCGCUGUUUCUACGCACCGACACCUCGCUGCCCCCAUUCUACGUCUUCGUCUACGUCGACGACCUAGUAUUUGCCACUGCUGACACUGAGGCAUUGACCCUUGUGAAGUCAGAGCUGCAGAAGAGACACACCUGCACUGACCUGGGUGAACUGCGCAGCUAUCUUGGCUUGCAGGCCACUCGUGACUGA